AUGCGGGUGCGGCUGGAGGAGACCGGGGAGUUCUUCCGCCUCCCCAACUGCCGCAGCGACAUGACAGUUCGGGAGCUCAAGGAGGAGCUGGACCUCAUGGCGGGCGUCCCCUUCAACAUGCAGUGCCUGCACUACCUGGACCAAGGAAUUUUGCUGGACAACACCACACUGAAGUUCCAUGACAUGGUCCCGGGCGGUAUCAUCUCGCUGGGCAUCUGGAAUCACGAUGGCUGGGCAGAUCUGUUCCUGGCGGCGGCAGAGGGAGACCCCAGCAAGCUGUCCUCCCUGGGCAUCAGCGAGGACUCCUCCUUCCGCACCGCGCACGCCCAGGCCCUGCGGGGCGAGCAGUGGACGCAGUGGGUCUCCCAGCGGGCCUUCGUGGCCCUCUACAUCACCUCCCACAGGGGCCACGUGGAGGCCGUGCAGUACCUGCUAGAACACGGAGCCAGCUGUGUCAGCAAGACCCCGGUGGGCAGGACGCCCCUGCAUGCGGCGGCCGCCAUGGGCCACACGGACUGCAUCACCCAACUCAUGCAGCAUGGGGCAUCUAUCCACGAGAGGGACGCGCACGGGGAGUCGCCCAUCAGCAUGGCGCGCCGGCUGCACCGCAAGCAGAGCGAGCGCAGGAUGUUCCUGCUCUACUGGAUGUCCAAGAGCAGCGCCAAGGAUGACGCCGGCCUGGGCGACCCGCUGCCAGACCCCAAGGCCCGCUGA